GAAACUACAACUUUGAGAGAUUCGUACCAAAAAGGGCAUCGUUUAGCCCCUUAUAACAGCUUAGACCCUGCUGGAAGGAUACUCCCACCCAGCGCUCUGUCUCGACCUCUCCACCCCACGGUGAUAUAGGCUCUGAUGACUUCGCCUCCAGCAUUAAUGCGCUCCUGCUCUGCCCUUGAUCACGGGAUCCUCAUCCUCACGGUUCUCCUAUUGCUCACCUUCGCUCCCCUCGCACACGGUAUGAACCCCCUCUGGACAAGCUACUACUGUCGUCAACAGUGUCAAACGGCAUUCACCAUGUGCAUAGCGAUGGCUGGUGAGUGUUUGGCCUCACUGAGAAGGAACAGAGGGUGGAAUCGUAGAAAUCUUUGAUUCACACGUCAAAGCUUUCCAGCUCAAAGCUAAAGCUAUGAUUCCGC